AUGUUUAAAAACGUAGAGAAUUUAAAACAAGAACACAACCAAGAUAAUCAAUCCAAUGAAGAUUACAAAUUAUAUCCAGAUAAAUUUGAAACAUUAUACUUAAUAGAUUCUGCCAAAGAAUUACUUCAUCCAUUAUCUAAAAGUUAUAAUAUAUCUGGAUCUAUUUUAUCAACAUCUAUCGUUGAUAUCAAUCGAGUAAAUAAUAUACCAACAAUAGAUAUUCAUCCACAAUCUACAAUACAUAAUUUUCUACCCUCUAGUCAAAAUUCUAAUAAUUCUCUCUCCUCAUGUGAAUAUAUCAUGCGAACAAAUAGUUUAACAGGUAAUAUAUCAACCAAUCCGCAAGCUGUAUCAUUUCAGUUAUCUAACAGUAUAAACAAUUCAUCCAAUAUACUAAUUGGUGAUGAAAAUACAGACGCUAAUCAAAAUUUAUUAACCAAUCAACAAUCAACAUCAUCCCCAUCAAAUUAUAUGAAAAUUCAAAAUUAUUUGUUGAAAACACUUGACAGUCCACAUGAUUUAAGUUAUGCUAAUUCUUCUGCAUCUAUUUCACAAUCAUCACAAAUAAAGUUAACCAAUAAUUGUAAUUCACUAGAUCUAUCUGAUCAACUAGGUAUAACAACAUAUAUUGAUGAAAAUUGUCAAAAUUAUAUUAUAACAACAUCACAUGGUAAUCAAUCCAAGUUGAAACAAAAACAACAUCAUAUUCAAGAUCCACGGAUUGAAUUAAAUUUCUUAUGUAAUCAGAUCAAUAAUAAUGCUAUGAUAUCAUCUUCAUUCAAUGAUUAUAGCAAUAAUAUUAAUAAUAGUAAUAGGACAACAGAAACUCAACUUCCAACAUUAACAAACAGUAUAUCAGAACCGUUUUUAUCAAAUUUAUCAACAGAUCUCAUGACAAGUUCAUCCAUUGAUUCUACUGUAGCAGCUGCAUCAAACGUAAUGAGUUAUAUUUAUCAAAAUGGUUCAUUAAAUUAUGGUAAUACAGAACAAUUAAAAAAUCUAAAUUGUUUAAACAUGCGCACAUUCAAUCAUUGGAAUUCACUUGAGUUUAAUUUAAAUGGAAGCAUAGAUCAAUUGACAAACUAUAAUAAUUCACAAUUAUAUGAACCUAAUACCACUAAUUCUACUACAAUAACUACCACUAGUAAUAAUAAUAAUAAUAAUAAUGGAACUAUCAAUACUAGUAAUAGUGAUACUACUAAUAAUGAUAAUAAUCAUGGUGUAUUAAGAAUAGGUGAUACAAAUAAUUUAUUGAAACUUCAUCAAUCUGGUCCACAGCAACAAUAUCCAUUACAACAAUUACAGAGUGCAAAUAAUUCCAUUAUUUUGCAUUCGAAUACUGUACAAUCGAAUAAUUUAAAAAAUCAUAAUGGUUUAGGUACUCCAUUCAUUCUUGAAGAUGUUAAACCAAGAUUUCAAGAAAGUAAUACCAUUAAACACAAUCAUAAUAAUAGUCCUGCAAUAAAUACUACACAAGACUCUACAACCGAUAUUAUUAUGGUUGGAUUUAAUAACAGUAUAUCUGUAAAUCAUCAAUCAAGUCAUGUAAAUGAUGUAAAUAUAAAAAAUACCACAGAUAAUUUAAACAAUAAUAGCAGCAACAUAAGCACUAGUAAUAAUAAUAAUAAUCAACCAAGAACUAUUUCAUUCACAGAAAAUGCAAAUUACAAGUCAACUCAAUUACAAAACUGUUAUAAUUAUAUUCAGUCUGAAGUGAAUUAUAAACCUGAUAUGAAAAUUCAAGCAUCAAGUAUGUAUCGGUUAAUUAUUAUGGACUAA